AUGGGUACGUCAGUUAAGCGUGUGUCGGAAGUCAGGGUCGGUGACGCUCAACCACCGGCCUCAAAUGAGAAGCUCUCUAUGGCAAACACCACACAAGAUGAUCUGGACAUGCAGCGACUGGGCAAGACGCAACAAUUAAAGAGAAAUUUUCGGUUUGUAUCUAUCCUCGGUUUUAACUGUACGUUAAUGGCAACUUGGGAGUCAAUUCUGCUCACCAGCAAUUAUGGUCUCAUAAAUGGCGGACGAGCCGGGAUGGUUUACGUUUAUAUUGGCACUUUUAUCGGCUUUUUCGCCUCUGUCGUGUCCUUAGCAGAGAUCGCGUCGAGAGCUCCUACGGCGGGAGGUCAGUACCACUGGGUCAGCGAGUACGCUCCUCCUUCCUGUCAAAGGUUCUUAAGUUAUAUCACAGGAUGGCUCGCAGUUUUGGGUUGGCAGGCAGCGUUCGCCAGUGUAUGCUUUCUUGCCGGCACCUUGAUUCAGGGUUUGUUGGUCACGGUAUACUCUGUCCCAACGGCAGGCUAUAUAUACACAUUUGAAAGAUGGCAUGGCACGCUUUUAGCUAUUGCAAUUGCGAUGAUAGCAACUGCCCUCAAUGGGUGGGGUACUCAUUGGCUCGCCAAUCUGGAGCGUUUCUUGCUCUUCGUUCAUAUCUUUGGAUUCUUUGUAGUGUUGAUCCCAUUGUGGGUUAAAGCCGACAGAGCCAGCAGCACUGAAGUUUUCCAGACUUUUACUAACAUGGGCGGAUGGCCGAAUAUUGGAUUGGCCUGUCUGGUGGGCCAACUGACCCCGAUAUUUUCUUUCACGGGGCCAGAUGCAGCGACACAUAUGGCGGAGGAGGUCCAGGAUGCUUCCAGGAUUGUUCCGUGGUGUAUGAUCUCGACUGCCCUGGUCAAUGGCACACUUGGAUUCGUUAUGCUCAUUACUUUCCUCUUCACAAUGGGCGACAUAGACUCAGUGCUAAAAGCGCCCAGCGGCUUUCCCUUCAUCACGGCUUUUGAGAAUGCGACCGGGUCAUCUAAUAUGGCGGUAGGCCUCGCAUGCAUUAUCUUGGUUAUGGAGGUCUGCAGUGCUUUGGGCAUCCUAGCGACCACCUCACGCCAGAUCUUUGCCUUUGCCCGAGAUAAAGCACUUCCUUUCUCGAGCACUUUCGCCUAUGUCCAUCCCCAGUCGAAGACGCCUAUCUGGGCUAUUCUAUCUUCCACAUUGGUGACCGUGCUAUUGAGCCUGAUCAAUAUUGGCUCCACUGCAGCUUUCAAUGCGAUUGCCUCAUUGGCGAUCGCGUCUAUGUUGACGACCUACAUCAUUGCCAUUGGCUGUUUCUUUAUAGCACGCUUGCAGUCCAGAACAUCGCCUAGUCCUCGGUUCUCUCUAGGCCCAUAUGGCCCAGCUAUCAACAUGGUAUCCCUGAUCUUCCUUGCUUUCCAGAUCGUCUUCACCUUUUUCCCGACGACCAGAGAUGUUGUGCCCAAAACUAUGAACUGGUCGGUUCUAAUGGUGGGCGCAGUGACUCUCUUUGCCAUCGUGCAGUAUGUCCUGUAUGCUCGGAAAGUAUACCAGGCGCCUGUUAGUCAGACCCUUCGAAAUCAGUAA